AUGAAAGCUUCUCGAGUUAUGGCGGCUGCGGCGGCGAGGGCUGGACCGGCGAUGAGGAAGCAAGUAUUGACCUUGACGGAGGAAGCUGCUUCUAGGGUUCAUCAUCUUUUGCAGCAGAGGCAGAAACCUUACCUCCGAUUGGGCGUCAAAGCUCGUGGCUGCAACGGUUUAUCUUACACCCUCAAUUACGCCGAUGAGAAAGGGAAAUUUGAUGAGCUGGUGGAAGAGAAAGGAGUGAAGAUACUUGUUGAACCAAAGGCCUUAAUGCAUGUGAUUGGAACCAAGAUGGAUUUUAUAGAUGAUAAACUAAGAUCAGAGUUUGUGUUCAUCAAUCCUAACUCGCAAGGGCAAUGCGGAUGUGGUGAGUCCUUCAUGACAACAUCUACCUCGAGCGCAAAACAGGGUGGAUAG